AUGACCAUCAAGAAAAGUAAAACCGUCCUUUUUGAAAGACGUGCGGGGGAUUUAACUGCGUUGUAUUGUAUGAAUGAUUGGAUGAUCACAGUGGUGGUGGCUAUUAUUGCCAUGAUGUCUGUAUGGACUGCACUCAUCAUAUACAGAUAUAUACAGACAGCGAGAGGUAAAAGAAGAAAGUUUGAUGACACUAUUCUGGAAACUGAAAAGGACGAAAAUGAGACGGCAAACGAAGAAAACAGACUAUCCUGUGUCGAGUCAACAGGUAAAUCAACAUUUAUUCCUGUUCAUUCUUCACUGGUCGGGCCUGAGAUUUCAAUGAGGUCGAAUGUGACCCAUAUGCAGCAGAAUUGCUGUCUGCGCUUGUGUUUUUCCGCUAUAUGAGACGCGCCAUGAGAACAGCAUCGGUAGCCUACUAUCAUGUCUACAAACACGUGUGUGCGCGCGCUCGCGCAGGAGAUUGAAAAUAGAAAUGGUUAUAUCAAUGAAGCCCUUUGGUGAAGUGAAAAACAAAUGAUCAGUUGUCUGUAACAAAAUUCCCUAGUUAAAUUGUCUAUAUAAUGCUUUAUAUAUAUUACAGUAGCUAUUAGAUAUGUUUGCUGGGUUGGGUAGGUUACUUUCUACUUAGCUGUCAGAAAUUGUAAUCAGUAAAGUAACUUUUGGCUUACCCAAACUCAGUAAAGUAAUCUGAUUACUUUCUGUUACUUUUGCAUUGCUUUCCCCUUAAGAGUCAGACAAAAAUAAUCCAGCAAACGGAUUUGAUGUGUCAUCAUAGUGGUCUCUGAUUUGUGGUCAGACCUGCUCAGGUGGAACAAAUGUAAACUUGCUGAAUUGAAUGUCGUUGAGAAAACAGAAAGGUGUCAGUAUGUACAGUGGGGAGAACAAGUAUUUGAUACACUGCCGAUUUUGCAGGUUUUCCUACUUACAAAGCAUGUAGAGGUCUGUAAUUUCUAUCAUAGGUACACUUCAACUGUGAGAGACAGAAUCUAAAACAAAAAUCCAGAAAAUCACAUUGUAUGAUUUUUAAGUAAUUAAUUUGCAUUUUAGUGCAUGACAUAAGUAUUUGAUCACCUACCAACCAGUAAGAAUUCCGGCUCUCACAGACCUGUUAGUUUUUCUUUAAGAAGCCCUCCGGUUCUCCACUCAUUACCUGUAUUAACUGCACCUGUUUGAACUCGUUACCUGUAUAAAAGACACCUGUCCACACACUCAAUCAAACAGACUCCAACCUCUCCACAAUGGCCAAGACCAGAGAGCUGUGUAAGGACAUCAGGGGAUACAAUUGUAGACCUGCACAAGGCUGGGAUGGGCUACAGGACAAUAGGCAAGCAGCUUGGUGAGAAGGCAACAACUGUUGGCGCAAUUAUUAGAAAAUGGAAGAAGUUCAAGAUGACGGUCAAUCACCCUCGUUCUGGGGCUCCAUGCAAGAUCUCACCUCGUGGGGCAUCAAUGAUCAUGAGGAAGGUGAGGGAUCAGCCCAGAACUACACGGCAGGACCUGGUCAAUGACCUGAAGAGAGCUGGGACCACAGUCUCAAAGAAAACCAUUAGUAACACACUACACCGUCAUGGAUUAAAAUCCUGCAGCGCACGCAAGGUCCCCCUGCUCAAGCCAGCGCAUGUCCAGGCCCGUCUGAAGUUUGCCAAUGACCACCUGGAUGAUCCAGAGGAGGAAUGGGAGAAGGUCAUGUGGUCUGAUGAGACAAAAAUAGAGCUUUUCGGUCUAAACUCCACUCGCCGUGUUUGGAGGAAGAAGAAGGAUGAGUACAACCCCAAGAACACCAUCCCAACCGUGAAGCAUGGAGGUGGAAACAUCAUUCUUUGGGGAUGCUUUUCUGCAAAGGGGACAGGACGACUGCACCGUAUCUUCACUGGUUGCCCUUUUCUUUCUGCUGUGAUGGCACACUGUGGUAUUUCACCCAGUAGAUAAGGGCGUUUAUCAAAAUUGGGUUUGUUUUCUAAUUCUUUGUGGAUCUCUGUAAUCUGAGGGAAAAUGUGUCUCUAAUAUGGUCAUACAUUUGGCAGGAGGUUAGGAAGUGCAGCUCAGUUUCCACCUCAUUUUGUGGGCAGUGUACACAUAGCCUGUCUUCUCUUGAGAGCCAGGUCUGCCUAAGGCCGCUUUUCUCAAUAGCAAGGCUAUGCUCACUGAGUCUGUACAUAGUCAAAGCUUUCCUUAAGUUUGGGUCAGUCACAGUGGUCAGGUAUUCUGCCACUGUGUACUCUCUGUUUAGGGCCAAAUAGCAUUCUAGUUUGUCCGUUUUUUUUUUGUUAAUUCUUUCCAAUGUGUCAAGUAAUUCUCUUUUUGUUUUCUCAUGAUUUGGUUGGGUCUAAUUGUGUUGUUGUCCUGGGGCUCUGUGGGGUCUGUUUGUGUUUGUGAACAGAGCCCCAGGACCAGCUUGCUUAGGGGACUCUUCUCCAAGUUAAUAUCUCUGUAGGUGAUGGCUUUGUUACGGAAGUUUUGGGAAUCGCUUCCUUUGAAGUGGUUAUAGAAUUUAACGGCUCUUUUCUGGAUUUUGAUAAUUAGCGGGUAUCGGCCUAAUUCUGCUCUGCAUGCAUUAUUUGGUGCUCAAUUUGGUGUUUGUCCCAUUUUGUGAAUUCUUGGUUGGUGAGCGGACCCCAGACCUCACAACCAUAAAGGGCAAUGGGUUCUAUAACUGAUUCAAGUAUUUUCAGCCAGAUCCUAAUUGGUAUGUCGAAUUUUAUGUUCCUUUUGAUGGCAUAGAAGGCCCUUCUUGACUUCACAGCUUUGUGGAAGUUACCUGUGGCGCUGAUGUUUAGGCCGAGGUAUGUAUAGUUUUUUGUGUGCUCUAGGGCAACGGUGUCUAGAUGGAAUUUGUAUUUGUGGUCCUGGCAACUGGACCUUUUUAAGAACACCAUUAUUUUUGUUCUUACUGAGAUUUACUGUCACACUCUCUCUCUCUCCCCCUCCUCUUCUCGUCAUCUCCUCUCAAAAACAAUUAGUGUGGUCAUUUAUGGUCCCUCUCUCUCUCUCCUCUCUCCCCUCCUCCCCCUCUACUCUCUCACCCUCUCAAGCUCUCUCUCUCCCCCCCCCACCCUCUCUCUCUCCCCCCCCCCCCCCCCUCUCUCUCUCUCAAAACAACAAUCAUUGUGACAUUUAUGGUCUGUAUACAUAUAUUUUAGAUGUUAUUUAUAUAUAAUGGGGAUACAACAUGUAUAUAAACUGUAUUUCAUAAUUAUUUGACAACAUUUUAGGUUGACAAUAUUAAUAUUAUUCCAUUUCAGAUAUCACAUGCCUUAAACCCUUUAACCCUGAAUAAGAAAAAGCAGAAAAUGCAUCACUUCAUGCCUCUGCUGCUGUAGGUCGUUAUCAAUAAAACGUCACAAUAUGGUGCAGAGCGUUCGAUUUUCCUUCUGGGGGGGACAAGGAGACCUGCAGCUCCGUUAAAACCAUUGACAACUGUGUGCCGUUUUCAAGGGAUUGUUAAAUAAAGGUUAUAACUAUUGGUCGUAAUAUCGUCACCUCUUGAAGAGUAUAGUCAGAACUACACAUUUCAGAUUUUUCCAUGCAACGCAAUUGCUCACAUGUAGCUCUAUCAUCAUCAGAGUUAUAGGCUACACAACAGCAAGUCAGUAAACAUCAAUUGAUCAUGUAAUUUCAGAUGCGUGACGGUAGCCUCACAAUAUCUCUCAAUGUUGGCCACCAUUAAUUGGAUAUUUGAGUGAUAUAAAAUAAAAGUGAACUAUACCUGACAAGUAUGAGUGGUUUCGGUUAGUUUCCCAUUAGCUAUUAGCUAGAUAACCGAUCACGUCAAUAUGGCUAGUUAACAAGCUAACUUUCAGGGGAUAAUCUAGAUGGCUAUACCCAAAUAUGGUUUAAUUUGCUUGCCAUCUAUAGUGGUGAUGACGGUAGUUUGACUGACAACUUUACCAGGAUGAGGACUUGCCGAUGUCAAGCUCUUUCCAAAAGCCUGAUCUCUGAUGAAGCAAGCUAAAUGACAUGUUGUUUGCUUAGCUAGCUAGCUAACUAGCUAGCUACAUGCCAAAUGGAUAUGCUACCCUCACGUAUCUGAAAUUACAUGAUCAAUUGAUGUUUACUGAUCAUGAAAAGCAUGCAGUUACUUGCUGUAUAACUCUGAUGAUAGAGCUAAAUGUGGAAUAAUCAGAAAUGUGUAGGUCAGACUAUACUCUUAAAACCAAAUAGUUAUAACAUUUAUUUAACAAUCCCUUGAAAACGGCACGUAGUUGUCUAUGGUUUUAGCGGAGCUGGGGGUCUCCUUGCACCUCAGCAGCCAAAUUGAAAGCUCUGCAUCGUGUUGUGACGUUUUAUUGAUAACGACCUAUUCAUUCGAAUUAGACUGGUUUGGAUUCCUCCUUGGAACUUCGAGGGUUUAUGACAUAGAGCUCCUAUUAAAUUACUAGAUGGACUAUGUUUGUUAUCAUCACCCAUUAAUUAAGCCAAUGUGCUUCUUUUCCAGAGGAGAGUGAAGAAGUUCUGCCAGAGACACUGGAGAGCUGGGAUGGAGAGGGAUGGAGGAGAGAGCCAAUGGAAUGGAUUCCAACAACCAAUGAGGAUGUAGAACCUAUUGAGGGGAUCCCAACAACAACCAAUGAGGAUGUAGAACCCAUUGAGGGGAUCUCAGCAAUAACCAAUGAGGAUGUAGAACCCAUUGAGGGGAUCCCAACAACCAAUGAGGAUGUAGAACCCAUUGAGGAGAUCCCAACAACAACCAAUGAGGAUGUAGAACCUAUUGAGGGGAUCCCAACAACAACCAAUGGAUUAAACCAUUGAGGGAUCCGACAUAACCAAUGAGGAUGUAGAACCCAUUGAGGGGAUCCGACAAAACCAAUGAGGAUCUAGAACCCAUUGAGGGGUCCCAACAACAACCAAUGAGGAUGUAGAACCCAUUGAGGGGAUCUCAGCAAUAACCAAUGAGGAUGUAGAACCCAUUGAGGGGAUCCCGACAAUAACCAUUGAUGAUAUAGAACCCAUUACACGGAUCCGAACAACAACCAAUGAAGAUUUAGAACCCAUUAAACGGAUCCGAGCACAGACCAAUGAGGAUCUACAAUCCAUUAGACGGAUCCGAACACUAACCAAUGAGGAUCUACAACCGAUUAGACGGCUCCGAACAACAACCAAUGAAGAUCUAGAACCCAUUAGACGCAUCCGAACACUAACCAAUGAGGAUCUAGAACCCAUUAGACGGAUCCGAACAGCAACCAAUGAGGAUCUAGAACCCAUUAGACGGAUCCGAACAGCAACCAAUGAGGAUCUAGAACCCAUUAGACGGAUCCGAACAGCAACCAAUGAGGAUCUAGAACCCAUUAGACGGACCCGAACAGCAACCAAUGAGGAUCUAGAACCCAUUAGACGGGUCCGAACAACAACCAAUGAGAGCGAUGGUCCUUACACGUGGGAGUCAUAUGCUGAGUGGCAGAUCGUUGAAGAGUUUCACCUCGGCUCUCAACCUGAAGAGCACUGUGAAGGCGUAUGUCAGCACUAUGACGGCUUAUGUCAGGUCUGUGAAGGCUUGUGUCAUUGCAGUGAAUGCUUAUGUCAGUUCUACGAAGGCUUAUGUCAGGACGCCGAGUCCCAUUCUGACCAUACCCUGGAUCAGGUGGAACAGGCUACUACCAGUCACCGUUCCCUCAGCGACAUAAACGAUACAUCUGGACAUAACAAGGGUACAGGAGUGUAUAACCAGGACGAGGAGGGUUUGAAGGAAGUUGAACUGAGUGAUGAUUGUCAAUGUGAGAGCACAGAGGAGGAGUCUGAGGUAAACCAUCUACAUGCCUCUGCCGUCAAGCCUCAGGGAGAUCUGGAAGAUCUCAAUGAGAAUCUCCCUGACGUGAAAUUGACUGACUCCGACCUUCAAGAACCUGACCAUGUGUGUUACACAGAGAUACAGGAAGUACAAUACCCAGAUGAUAUGACCAGCCGUGUUGCCACUGAGAUGAUAUUGACCGACACUGACUUUACAGAACCUCUGCCUGACCAUGUGUGUUAUACAGAGAUACAGGAAGUAGAAUACCCAGAUGAUGACAUGACCAGCCGUGUUGUCUUUUCCAACGAGCCUCAGGAAGAGAGGCCGGAGAUGACGUUGACUGACACUGAACGUGUGUCGCAUGUGGAGAUGGAGAAAGGAGAAUAUCCGGAUGAUGAUGGACACAGCCAUGUUGCUUUUGCCAACGUCCAGGAAAGUGAAAAUCUCCCUGAGAUGAGAUUGAGUGACACUGACCGGAUAGAACCUGAACAUGUGUAUGAGGUGGAAAGCGAGGAAGUAGGAGUAGAAUAUCCAGAUGAGGUAAUCACUGAACGUGCAGAACAUCCCAGUGAAAAUAUCACUGAGAUAUUGAGUAACACUGACCUUAAAGAACCUCUGGAUGACCAACAUGAGUGUGAUACAGAGAUACAGGAACAGGAAGUAGAAUGCCCAAGUGAUUAUAUGGACAGCCGGGGUGCCUUUGUCAGCGACACUCAGGAACCAGAACAUCCCAAUGAAAAUGUACCUGAGAUGAUACUGACUGACACUAAGACUAAAGAACGUGACCUUGUGUGUGAUACAGAGAUACAGGAAGUAGGAUGGACAGACGUUGAGGCAAACAGUCACGUUACCUUUGACAAUGAACCUCAGGAUGAAAAUCUCCCUGAGGUGGCUUUGAGUGACACUGACCAUGUGUGUGAUACAGAGAUACAGGAAGUAGAAUGGACAGGUGCUGACGUAACCAGCCAUGUGCCGUCAGUCACUGAGAGGACAGUAGAAGACGAUAUGAAAGACGCUAUGGUAGAGGAUCUUGAGGUGGAAGCUAUGGUUAAGGACCUUUGGAGGAAGGACUGUCUACUUCAUGGCUAUGUCAUUGAUGGGUUGAGCCAGCCAACAGAGGUUAGAGAGACACGUGUGGAGGAGGAGAGGAAAGGAGAGAUCGUUGACAUUAAGAGCAAGCACACACACAUAGAGGAGAGUUAUGAGAAAGUUGAAAUAAACAUCAUGGAAGCCACGAUGGACUACAAUGAAUGGAUGACAGUCAGCGGCACAGACACAGAGGGCAACAGUGACUCACCAUGGGUGAGGAUAAGCCACUCGUCCAUCGACUGCUCUGCUGAGGCGGAGCAUCAUCCCACAGAAACACAUCACAAUUCAGAUGAUCCAACAGUGGCUGAUGCAACCACAUCCAAGGAGGUCAAAGAAACAGGAACCACACCUGUAUCACUAGACGGAGACCUACAUAGGAAGAAGAAGAUGGCAGCUCUGCUUCCCAUCAAAUCCAAGACUGUACGGGUGAGGUUCUGUGUCCACUACCGCACCCAGUCUCCCUGGCAGGAGCUGGCUGUGACUGGAAACCUGCCGGAGCUGGGGAGCUGGACGGGCUUCGUUCCGCUGGAGAGGGCCCAGGACGGGUUCUGGGCCAGCUGGGUCGCCCUCCCCGCGGAGAGGCAGGUGGAAUGGAAGUUCGUGCUGGUGGAGGACGGAGAGAUCCUACACUGGGAGGAAAAUGGUAAUAGACUCCUGGAGACAGGUCGGGGUGGUGGAGAGGUGUAUCUCAACAAGUCGUGGGGCAGCCUCUGAGUGACAAGUUCCCACUGGGCACAAACUGGUUGAAACAACGCUGUUUCCACAUAAAAAAUAAUAAUAUAUAUAUCAAUGUGAUGACGUUGAAUCAAUGUGGAAAACUGAUUUGAUUUGCAAAAACGUAAACUAAUUUGGUGAUUAUAUAUAUAUAUAUAUAUAUAUAUAUAUUACUGUUAAAACAGUUCAAAUUCUUGGGGAUUUCAAAACUAGACGUUGAAAUGACAUCUGUGCACAGUGGAUUACCCAUUUUACAUUUGGACAUUUUACUGGCGAUAGGGAUCCUACAUAGAGACAUAUAUAGAGAGGGGACUGACUGGGGAUCCUACAUAGAGACAUAUAUAGAGAGGGGACUGACUGGGGGUCCUACAUAGAGACAUAUAUAGAGAGGGGACUGACUGGGGGUCCUACAUAGAGACAUAUAUAGAGAGGGGACUGACUGGGGAUCCUACAUAGAGACAUAUAUAGAGAGGGGACUGACUGGGGGUCCUAUAUAGAGACAUAUAUAGAGAGGGGACUGACUGGGGGUCCUACAUAGAGACAUAUAUAGAGAGGGGACUGACUGGGGAUCCUACAUAGAGACAUAUAUAGAGAGGGGACUGACUGGGGAUCCUACAUAGAGACAUAUAUAGAGAGGGGACUGACUGGGGAUCCUACAUAGAGACAUAUAUAGAGAGGGGACUGACUGGGGAUCCUACAUAGAGACAUAUAUAGAGAGGGGACUGACUGGGGAUCCUACAUAGAGACAUAUAUAGAGAGGGGACUGACUGGGGAUCCUACAUAGAGACAUAUAUAGAGAGGGGACUGACUGGGGGUCCUACAUAGAGACAUAUAUAGAGAGGGGACUGACUGGGGGUCCUACAUAGAGACAUAUAUAGAGAGGGGACUGACUGGGGGUCCUACAUAGAGACAUAUAUAGAGAGGGGACUGACUGGGGGUCCUACAUAGAGACAUAUAUAGAGAGGGGACUGACUGGGGGUCCUACAUAGAGACAUAUAUAGAGAGGGGACUGACUGGGGGUCCUACAUAGAGACAUAUAUAGAGAGGGGGACUGACUGGGGGUCCUACAUAGAGACAUAUAUAGAGAGGGGACUGACUGGGGGUCCUACAUAGAGACAUAUAUAGAGAGGGGACUGACUGGGGGUCCUACAUAGAGACAUAUAUAGAGAGGGGACUGACUGGGGGUCCUACAUAGAGACAUAUAUAGAGAGGGGACUGACUGGGGGUCCUACAUAGAGACAUAUAUAGAGAGGGGACUGACUGGGGGUCCUACAUAGAGACAUAUAUAGAGAGGGGACUGACUGGGGGUCCUACAUAGAGACAUAUAUAGAGAGGGGACUGACUGGGGGUCCUACAUAGAGACAUAUAUAGAGAGGGGACUGACUGGGGGUCCUACAUAGAGACAUAUAUAGAGAGGGGACUGGCUGGGGGUUCCUACAUAGAGACAUAUAUAGAGAGGGGACUGACUGGGGGUCCUACAUAGAGACAUAUAUAGAGAGGGGACUGACUGGGGGUCCUACAUAGAGAACUCGAUGCGUUCCAAUUCUCUGUCCUUUCUCCUAAAGAGUUCUCUACCCUACAUGAAUUUCAAAGGAAAGGACUGGUGUAAGAAAUGUCAUGGAAACUCUAGCACAGGCUUAUACCAAUCCAAUGCCUUUAAAAAGCACAAGUGUACACUUGAAGAGAAAGGACAGAGGAUAGGAUCGCAACAAUGUCUCUUCUCAGGGGUCUUCCUAUAUACUGUAUUAUAGCAAGACAACUAUUAUGCAACUAUGAUAUUGUCAAUGUAUGAUAACAAUAUGGCAAUGAAGAAUCCACAUUAUUGACUUUUGUUCAGUGGAGCACCUCUGUGUACUGCUUUGGAUUACUAUACCAGCAGUAUUUGUGCUGUGGCAUUAUAGCAAUAACAAUCACAGGUAGAAUGAUGUACUGUUAUGUAUCAACCAGUUUAUGUGAUGCUUAAAUUUAAAUAUACAUAGAGUACAUUUUUUUGGUUCUCUUUCAUAUCUGUACAAGCAGGACAUCUAGAUGUUAGUUUGUUGAAUUAUAUUGUUAUGGUAAAAAAAAAAAAAAAGUAUCAUCCACACUAGGGUCCCUGGAGCCUUUGAGACGUUUAUCAACAGAGUUUGUUCAUCGUAAAUGUUGUUGGUCUUUUGUUUUCGUUUGUUUUGACCUGUCAUUGUUUUCUAUUUGUUUACAUUUGAUUUUGAUCACAAUUAAGUGUGUUUUUGGUUCUCACUGAGUUUUAACUGUUUUGUAAAAAAAAAUGUUUUUGUUAAAUAUGACACUUAAAUGUUGUUUAGGUGGAGUAGAGUUGUUAUCUAUUACCCAAUAAACAUAUUUUCUUGGAAUGCAGUAGCAUACUGGACUAAAAUUCUUACAGGUCAGAUCUAUAUCUACUGCUGUCCUGUUAGUUCCAGGUUAGACCUAUAUCUACUGCUGUCCUGUUAGUUCCAGGUCAGACCUAUAUCUACUGCUGUCCUGUUAGUUCCAGGUCAGACCUAUAUCUACUGCUGUCCUGAUAGUUCCAGGUUAGACCUAUAUCUACUGCUGUCCUGUUAGUUCCAGGUUGGACCUAUAUCUACUGCUGUCCUGAUAGUUCCAGGUUAGACCUAUAUCUACUGCUGUCCUGUUAGUUCCAGGUUAGACCUAUAUCUACUGCUGUCCUGUUAGUUCCAGGUUGGACCUAUAUCUACUGCUGUCCUGAUAGUUCCAGGUUAGACCUAUAUCUACUGCUGUCCUGUUAGUUCCAGGUUAGACCUAUAUCUACUGCUGUCCUGUUAGUUCCAGGUUGGACCUAUAUCUACUGCUGUCCUGAUAGUUCCAGGUUAGACCUAUAUCUACUGCUGUCCUGAUAGUUCCAGGUUAGACCUAUAUCUACUGCUGUCCUGAUAGUUCCAGGUUAGACCUAUAUCUACUGCUGUGCUGUUAGUUCCAGGUUAGACCUAUAUCUACUGCUGUCCUGUUAGUUCCAGGUUAUACCUAUAUCUACUGCUGUCCUGUUAGUUCCAGGUUAGACCUAUAUCUACUGCUGUCCUGUUAGUUCCAGGUUAGACCUAUAUCUACUGCUGUCCUGUUAGUUCCAGGUUAGACCUAUAUCUACUGCUGUCCUGAUAGUUCCAGGUUAGACCUAUAUCUACUGCUGUCCUGUUAGUUCCAGGUUAGACCUAUAUCUACUGCUGUCCUGUUAGUUCCAGGUUAGAUCUAUAUCUACUGCUGUCCUGUUAGUUCCAGGUUAGACCUAUAUCUACUGCUGUCCUGUUAGUUCCAGGUUAGACCUAUAUCUACUGCUGUGCUGUCCUGAUAGUUCCAGGUUAGACCUAUAUCUACUGCUGUCCUGUUAGUUCCAGGUUAGACCUAUAUCUACUGCUGUCCUGUUAGUUCCAGGUUAGACCUAUAUCUACUGCUGUCCUGUUAGUUCCAGGUUAGACCUAUAUCUACUGCUGUGCUGUCCUGAUAGUUCCAGGUUAGAUCUAUAUCUACUGCUGUCCUGUUAGUUCCAGGUUAGAUCUAUAUCUACCUAUGUGCUGUCCUGUUAGUUCCAGUUUUAAAUAUACCUACGGCUGAAUUGUUCAGUUUUCUGAUUUUAAGCCUAGUUUCUGGGAGGGCACUUGCAGCUGUUUAUAACAAACUGAGAGAGAGAAGUCAUUAAGGAUUUAUUACACCAUAUUGCUCUGGGCUUUAAAAGCUCUAUUAAUAUAUUCCUCUGAAUGAACAGAACGGGUAUAAAAUCUUUAUUUUACUCCCGCCAGUCUCAGAUAGAAAAUAGCUUUAUUUAACUUUGAUCAAUGGGUUUGUCCUCUAUCUGUAACAGACGGUUAUGUAAAAUUAUGUUACGGUUAUGUAAAAUUAUGUUACGGUUAUGUAAAAUUAUGUUACGGUUAUGUAAAAUUAAAGUUAUGCAAAAGUGGUGAAGAUGAGUCUGUUCAGAUCUGACAUAAACGUUCCGUCUGUUGGCAUUAAUUUAAGCUCAUUAGUAAGCGUAUUAUGAACUCAAUUAAUUUAUUGUCCACACUGAACGUGACUCAAGUAUUAAAAUGAUUCUCUCUCUCUCCUCUGACAUCUAUUUGUUGAAGAGACAGAGAGAGAGCAGGGCGUGUACUGCAUGCCAGUUCUGUAAAUCAUGCAUCUCAACUGCAGUGAGUGGGUGUGUUGGAAGGUUGGAUCAUUAUCGGCUAAAGCAGAGGGACUGAGAUGACACCGGUAGUAUAUAAUGUUUGGACAAUGUAGUCCUCCUGCUGGUAUAUUUCUGAUGUGUCAAAUUGUAUGGAACGUAAUCUGCAGGCUAUGAUGACUAAAUGAAAUUUUGAGAGGGGUUUGAACACCAGAGCAUUAAGGCCUUUAGUAACUUUACACUGGAUCUGUUCCCUUCUCCAAGAACAGACCAGCAGCCUGGCCCUUGAAGAACAGAAAUGGAUAGAAAUGGUGUUCACAUUUCUGUUGUAAACCCCCACCGUGACUGGGACAGAGAGGGUUCAGGGGCCAUCGUUGCACCAUGAGAUAAGUCUGUCCAGAGUGGUCAAGCAGAGACCCAGAUGGGGUGAUGAAAGGUGAAAGGGUGCCCUGGUGCCUAUUGGUCUAAUUUGGAGACCCAGAUGUUGCCGUCUCAUCGGGGAGAAGAGGGGGCGAUGCCUACUUUAGAAACCUUGCAACACCAUGGGCUUCAUUUCCGUUGGGAUCACAUUCUAUGCAUGCACUCACUGUAAAAUCCUGAGCGAAGUGUAGCAUAGAGUAACCAUGAGUCCAUUACACUGGAUUUUGCCCUGCAGCCCUUUAGCAAUGAAGGGCCACAAUGGAAACAAGUCUCUUGACUGUAUGCGUCCUCUGCAUUUUGGUAUAUGUAUCUGUUGCCAGGUGUAACAUUUUAUGUAUUUUGAAUAAAAUACAAUAAUUCCAUUUAAAAGACACUGAAGUACCGUAAAAGUACUGCAUGUGUGUACUUAAUGCAGGUCAAAUCCUCAUCUUUAGUGUUAAUGUGAAAAUGAAAAGUGUAUAUGCUAUAAUUUCCGCCUCAAGGGUCAGAGUAAUCCUUCAUUUAGACACAGGUCUUCACAGAGUAAGCCUAGUUGCACUGGGAUCAGUUCUCACUCACUGCUAACGCUGGGGUCUUAACGCUGGGGUCUUAACGCUGGGGUCUUAACGCUGAGUAACUGACUGUUUUCUAUUUGACAGACAGAUAUGGGCUGGACUAGAGCAUGAGGAUACAGUGAAAACCAGGUCAUGUUCAGUCGGGGGCACUGGAGCGUUUUUUAUGGAAAGCAAAAAUGAGCACUUCUUAUUGGACAAGUCCCGCCCUCUUUCUGUCCGUUUUUCUUCCAUUUAGUUCCUAAUGAACCUUGACUUUGAUAUCUGAUUCUUUCCCCACACAUCGACAGAGGGCCUCUGUUUCCUACAUGGCCUGAUUGACAGGACAGGACAGUGGUCUUCAUCUCACGGGGGCGAAAUUGUGGUGUAGAUAUUAGGGGGGACGAACAGUAGACGGGGGAUUUUAAAACAUUUCAAAAUGCAUUUCCUGCAAUUCUUUACAGUUUGACAUGACAUAAUGCCUCUCUUGAGGGGUAUUUUGAAAACACAAUAUAAGUGGAAGGUCCCCCAAGGUUAAACCUUUUUAUGGGGGGGGGAAACAGCUAACUUCCUGCAUUUCAACACGUUUUGCCAUGGGGCAGAGUGAAAAUGUGUAGUUUUAUAAUGCUAUUCUACACAUUUUGCCAUGAAACUGAGAGAAAAUUAUGCAGUUUUAAAGUAACUGCCCAGUGAAAAUCUCACUUUUAAAAGUUAAUAUUCUAUUAAUUCGUACCCAAAUAAUUUUGUUGACUCAUUCUAUACUUGUAUUUGUGGCUAAAGCAUAAAUUGGAGAAAAAACACUUAAAAAAAAAAAAUACCACAAACUUGUAUCUCAAACAGACCGUUUAAAAAAUGCUUCCUAUUUCCUCAUAGAGGAUGAUGUUUUCCUCCUGAGGAGGAUGAGCUGGCCAAUCAGCAGUCUAUUGCAUUAAUAUUUUUAAUGACUGGUAUACGCCCACACCAUUCUGUUGUUGGGGUACGCCCACACCAUUCUGUUGUUGGGGUACGCACACACCAUUCUGUUGUUAGGGUAUGCACACACCAUUCUGUUGUUAGGGUAUGCACACACCAUUCUGUUGUUAGGGUACGCCCACACCAUUCUGUUGUUAGGGUAUGCACACACCAUUCUGUUGUAAGGGUGCGCACACACCAUUCUGUUGUUAGGGUACGCCCACACCAUUCUGUUGUUAGGGUAUGCACACACCAUUCUGUUGUUAGGGUAUGCACACACCAUUCUGUUGUUAGGGUAUGCACACACCAUUCUGUUGUUAGGGUACGCCCACACCAUUCUGUUGUUAGGGUAUGCACACACCAUUCUGUUGUUAGGGUAUGCACACACCAUUCUGUUGUUAGGGUACGCCCACACCAUUCUGUUGUUAGGGUAUGCACACACCAUUCUGUUGUUAGGGUGCGCACACACCAUUCUGUUGUUAGGGUACGCCCACACCAUUCUGUUGUUAGGGUACGCCCACACCAUUCUGUUGUUAGGGUACGCACACACCAUUCUGUUGUUGGGGUACGCACACACCAUUCUGUUGUUAGGGUACGCACACACCAUUCUGUUGUUAGGGUACGCACACACCAUUCUGUUGUUAGGGUACGCACACACCAUUCUGUUGUUAGGGUACGCACACACCAUUAUGUUGUUAGGGUACGCACACACCAUUCUGUUGUUAGGGUACGCACACACCAUUAUGUUGUUAGGGUACGCACACACCAUUAUGUUGUUAGGGUACGCACACACCAUUCCAAAACAGAAAAGCUGCUUUUAUAACAGUUUUCCUUCCAAUUAUUAUUAUUAUUUUUAAAACGAUUUCACUCAUAUUGUAAUUAAAUUAUAGAUCAUAUUUCAUAGAAAUCUGGAAACACUGGACAGUUACUUUAAAGGUCGACUUUGGGCAAAAAUAACAGCUUUAAAAUGUGUAACUGAUCAAUGCACCAUCAUACCAGGUCAUUUAACGCUUUAAAAUUUUUUUAUGUUUUUUUAUUUGAAAGAAAUCUUUGGGGGGUCGAAUCGACGUUUUCUGAAUAUUGUCCCACCCAUCCCCCGCGGCAAUUUCGCCUAUGCUUCGCCGUGAACUCUAACAUUAGGCAUGUGACCCCUCUCACCAUGCUGACCCCUUCUCAGUUUAAUAAGGGGGGGCUAUGAGGUAACUGUCUGUCUGCCCUUGUGUACAGUAUAUAUCUAUGGACAGACCACUCUGCUAUGAGGUAACUGUCUGUCUGCCCUUGUGUACAGUAUAUAUCUAUGGACAGACCACUCUGCUAUGAGGUAACUGUCUGUCUGCCCUUGUGUACAGUAUAUAUCUAUGGACAGACCACUCUGCUAUGAGGUAACUGGCUGUCUGCCCUUGUGUACAGUAUAUAUCUAUGGACAGACCACUCUGCUAUGAGGUAACUGUCUGUCUGCCCUUGUGUACAGUAUAUAUCUAUGGACAGACCACUCUGCUAUGAGGUAACUGUCUGUCUGCCCUUGUGUACAGUAUAUAUCUAUGGACAGACCACUCUGCUAUGAGGUAACUGUCUGUCUGCCCUUGUUAGAAUAAACAAUUCUCUGUGUGCCUUGAAGCCUGUUUGCUCUCUCUCUCAUACUAUUAAUAAAACAUACCACUCCUCGUACUGUCUGUGAUGUCGCUAUGGCUACCACUGACCUUCAGUGGGGACAGUCUAUAAAAGAUCCUAGUGGAAAGUAAGGAAAGAAUCCAGAACACAGAAAUAGAAUCACUAAAACGAUUCCAUUGGUUCCAUAUUCCAUGUCAAUGGCCUACAUGUAAUCUAAUGCUAUAAUAGCCAGUUUUAGCAACAAUAAACUAAGUUUAAAGGUGCUAAAUGUGAUCAGAAAUAGAUGAUUGUGAGAAGGACCUGGACCUGGUGCCACCCUGGGAGACCCCUCUCUCGCUGUCUGUCUGUGACAUCAUCAAUCACAGACUGCAUAGCUGCAGGGUCAGGGCCCCCUCUGCUGUUUCAGAGCACUGAACUGAGCAUACUGACUCAAAUAACACUACACUUCUGUCCUGUUAUUUAUGGUAACUUCUCCAUGGCUGACAGUGGGGAAAGUCAAGAAACAGUCUGGGAAAAGUACAAGUAAACACAGAAUAGAAUAUAUAUAUUUUGUUGUAUUUGGACCAAAAUUAUGUGGACACCUGCUCGUUGAACAUCUCAUUCAAAAAUUAUGGGCAUUAAUAUGGAGUUGGUCCCCCCCUUUGCUGCUAUAACAGCCUCCACUCUUCUGGGAAGGCUUUCCACUAGAUGUUGGAACAUUGCUGCGGGGACUUGCUUCCAUUCAGCCAUAAGAGCAUUAGUGAGGUCGGGCACUGAUGUUGGGCGAUUAGGCCUGGCUCGCAGUCAGAGUUCCAAUUCAUCCCAAAGGUGUUCGAUGGGGUUGAGGUCAGGAAUCUGUGCAGGCCAGUCAAGUUCUUCCACACCGAUCUCGACCAACCUUUUCUGUAUGGACCUCGCGUUAUGCACGGGGGCAUUGUCAUGCUGAAACAGGAAAGGGCCUUCCCCAAACUGUUGCCACAAAGUUGGAAGCACAGAAUCGUCUAGAAUGUCAUUGUAUGCUUUAGCGUUAAGAUUUCCCUUCACUGGAACUAAGGGGCCUAGCCCGAACCAUGAAAAACAGCCCCAGACCAUUAUUCCUCCUCCACCAAACUUUACAGUUGGCACUAUGCAUUGGGGCAGGUAGCGUUCUCCUGACAUCCGCCAAACCCAGAUUUGUCCGUUGGACUGCUAGAUGGUGAAGCGUGAUUCAUCACUCCAGAGAACGUGUUUCCACUGCUCCAGAGUUCAAUGGCGGCGAGCUUUACAUCACUCCAGCCGACACUUGACAUUGCGCAUGGUGAUCUUAGGCUUGUGUGCGGCUGCUCGGCCAAGGAAACCCAUUUCGUGAAGCUCCUGACGAACAGUUCUUGUGCUGACAUUGCUUCCAGAGACAGUUUGGAACUCGGUAGUGUGUGUUGCUACUGAAGGCAGACGAUUUUUACGCGCUAUGCACUUCAUUGCUCAGCGGCCCCGUUCUGUGAGCUUGUGUGGCCUACCACUUCGCAGCUGAGCCGUUGUUGCUCCUAGACGUUUCCACUUCUCAAUAACAGCACUUACAGUUGACCGGGGCAGCUCUAGCAGGGCAGAAAUUUGACGAAUUUACUUGUUGGAAAGCUGGCAUCCUAUGACGGUGCCACGUUGAAAGUCACUGAGCUCUUCAGUAGAGGCCGUUCUAUUGCCAAUGUUUGUCUAUGGAGAUUGCAUGGCUGUGUGACUCAAUUUUAUACACCUGUCAGCAACGGGUGUGGCUGAAAUAGCCGAAUCCACCAAUUCGAAGGGGUGUCCACAUACUUUUGGUAUAUACAGUGUAUGUUUAUGUUACUGUGACUGAUUGUGAACUGUAGCCAGACCAAUGUACCUGUCAAUCGAUUCAAAUAACGGUAUGAGUGGGUGUCUCGUGGGCACAGCACAUACUACACACUUACCAAUCAGUCACUUUGUGUUGGUGUUGAGGCACAGAUGUCACAAGUCGAAUGGUUUGAUAAAGAGCUAAGGAUUACCAUGGCGAUGGACUCCAUUCUAUUGGGACACAUUCAGUACUCUCAAUACUAGUUACGACCACCCACAAGGAAUAUGUCCCAUCAGUUCCUUUUUACAACUACAUGGAAAACAGGACUAAUGGAAUCAGGAUAUUUUUUUGGGGUUGAUCAAUUGUUUUUACUAUAUGAUCAAGUACACUAAUAAAAACAAUUGAUACAAAUAAAAAUAAGAUAAUUAGAAUCAGAGUAGUGGAGACUUCCUGCUCUUCUCUGGAUACAUUCCUUAAUUCCUGCACCAGCCAGAUGUGGUAUUUAUUGGGAAUAGCAGUGGAUUGAUACUAACACCAUGCCACGUAUAUAUUGGCAACAGUGUUGCCAUGUUCGCGGUUUUCAAGCAAAAUCGGGCUGCUUUGAAAACAAUGUCGCGGGUGAAAAUGUAUUGGUCUCGGGUUGCGGAUUUUUGGGGCUAUUUCUAAGUUGCAACGCGGCCGCCAUGGUAUUUCUCUUUAAAAAUAUAUAUUUCACUGUGACCUGCUGCUGACUGUCAGGCAGUGAGACAGGCUAGUGCUGUGUGUGUGAGUGAGUGAGUGGUUAGGCCCAACAGUGAAGAGGCGACUCCGGGAUACUGACCUAGGCAGAGCUGCAAAGAAAAAGCCAAAUCUCAGACUGGCCAAUAAAAAUAAAAGAUUAAAGAUGGGCAAAAGAACACAGACACUGGACUUUUUCUUUGCAACUCUGCCUAGAAGGUCAGCAUCCUGGAGUCGCCUCUUCACUGUUGACGUUGAGACUGGUGUUUUGCGGGUACUUUUUAAAUGAAGCUGCCAGUUGAGGACCUGUGAGGCGUCUGUUUCUCAAACUAGACACCCUAAUGUAUUUGUCCUCUUGCUCAGUUGUGCACCGGGGCCUCCCACUCCUCUUUCUAUUCUGGUUAGAGCCAGUUUGCGCUGUUCUGUGAAGGGAGUAGUACACAGCGUUGUACGAGAUCUUCAGUUUCUUGGCAAGUUCUCGCAUGGAAUAGCCUUCAUUACUCAGAACAAGAAAAGACUGACGAGUUUCAGAAGAAAGUUAUUUGUUUCUGGCCAUUUUGAGCCUGUAAUCGAACCCACAAUUGCUGAUGCUCAAGAUACUCAACUAGUCUCAAGAAGGCCAGUUGUAUUGCUUCUUUAAUCAGCACAACAGUUUUCAGCUGCGCUAACAUAAUUGCAAAAGGGUUUUGUAAUGAUCGAUUAGCCUUUUAAAAUGAUAAACUUGGAUUAGAAAACACAACGUGCCAUUGGAACACGGGACUGAUGGUUGCUGUUAAUGGGCCUCUGUACACCUAUGUAGAUAUUCCAUAACAAAUCAGCCGUUUCCAGCUACAAUAGCCAUUUACAACAUUAACAAUGUCUACACUGUAUUUCUGAUCAAUUUGAUGUUAUUUUAAUGGACAAAAAAAUUGCUUUUCUUUCAAAAACAAGGACAUUUCUAAGUGACCCCAAACUUUUGAACGGUAGUGUACACAUUAUUAAUAUUUAAUUCAGUGAUUGAAAUUAUGACACCGUCCUCAGUAGCCUAUUCCAGUAGGCUAUUGGGAAACACAAGCACUAAUUAUUGCGAAAUCGCCUCGCUAUUCAUAUUGACUAAAUUAGUCUGUUAAUUUGAACUUAAGCAAGCUGCUAAAUUGUUCAGUUGACAUCUUUCCUACGUCUUGUCUAGGCUUCUGUAGACUAUCUGAAAUGGUCCAAACACGGUCCAAACACGGUCCAAACACACCAAGACAGUCGUGAAGAGGGCACGACAAAGCCUAUUCCCCCUCAGGAGACUGAAAAGAUUUGGCAUGGGUCCUCAGAUCCUCAAAAAAUUAUACAGCUGCACCAUCGAGAGCAUCCUGACUGGUUGCAUCACCGCCUGGUAUGGCAACUGCUUGGCCUCCGACCGUAAGGCGCUACAGAGGGUAGUGCGUACAGCCCAGUACAUCACUGGGGCCAAGCUUCCUGCCAUCCAGGACCUCUAUACCAGGCGGUGUCAGAGGAUUCAGAGGCUUCUUAACAGCUUCUACCCCCAAGCCAUAAGACUCCUGAACAGCUAAUCAUGGCUACCCGGAAUAUUUGCACUGCCCCCCACCUCCACCCCCCACCCCAUCUUUUUACGCUGCUGCUACUCUGUUAAUUAUUUAUGCAUAGUCACUUUACCUCUACCCACAUGUACAUAUUACUUCAACUACCUCAACUAGCCGGUGCCCCCGCACAUUGACUCUGCACCGGUACCCCCCUGUAUAUAUAGCCUCCCUACUGUUAUUUUAUUUGACUUCUGCUCUUUUUUUUCUCAACACUUUUUUGUUGUUGUUUUAUUUUACUUUUUUUAUUAAAAAUAAAUGCACUGUUGGUUAAGGGCUGUAAGUAAGCAUUUCACUGUAAUGUCUGCACCUGUUGUAUUCGGCGCAUGUGGCCAAUAAAAUUUGAUUUGAUUUGAUUUGAAAUUAGAUGUAGGCCUAUCAGGAGCUGUAGGCUACCUGCCUUUUUCCAAGCAAACUAUAAUUAGAAUCAUAAACCCAGAUUUUAGUCUGUAGUCUAUGCCUAUUGAAAUGACAAGUCAAUCUCACAAAUGGGCCAUUUUAUAAUGGUUUGCAGGCUUAACAUCUGGCACAUAGUAACAGCACAAUUGCCAGAAAAUAGCCUAACAUUAGUUUUUUUAUGUUCAUCCAAGUGUUUCUUGCUCAGAGAUUUCGAGAUCCUCUGUCCAAUUAUCAUCACUCAAACUCUCCUGUCGGAUUUAUCUAUAGUUAUGCUCAUGCACAAACAGGAUUUAUUUAUCAUGAUAAACCUGGUUCGAGCCUGAAUGCUUAUUGGCUGAAAGCCAUGGUAUAUCAGACCAUAUACCACGGGUAUGAGAAAACAUUACUUUUCACUGUUCUAAUUACGUUUGUAACCAGUUUAUAAUAGCAAUAAGGCACCCUGGGGGUUUGUGGUAUAUGGCCAAUAUACCAUGGCUAAGGGCUGUAUCCUCGGGGGUUUGUGGUAUAUGACCAAUAUACCACGGCUAAGGGCUGUAUCCAGGCGCUCCGCGUUGCGUCGUGCUUAAGAACAGCCCUUAGCCGUGGUAUAUUGGCCAUAUACCACACCCCCUUGUGCCUUAUUGCUUAAUCAUAGCAGUCAACCGAGUUAAAUCGACAUCCAUUGGUGGAAAAUGAUCUGUCGAGUUUAUUAAGGGCAAAUUAUCUGUUCUCUUGCCGCAUAUUCAAAUUCCUUUAUUACGUCAUGUCAUGCAAUAAUUAUUAUUUUGAGGACGCCCGAAUUUAGCUUCUAAUGUCGUUACAAGUUACUAUGAUAUUCUUUCUUAAUUGGCUCGAUAACGUCAUGGAAAAAGCCUUCAUUGUAUAGAUAUGGCAACUCCCCUCUUGCUGUGAAAAAAACUAAUUGGGCUAGUUUCAGGCCUUUUGGGUGGGUUUUGAGUAGUCAUUGGGCUAUAAAUUUUAGCUUGACCUGGCAACCCUGGUUGGCAAGUGUAAUUCAAUAGGAAUUCCUUUCAAUUUGCAUUCAGUAUUGCCAGGUGCUGGCUUUCUAAUGCAUGAUAUUUCUUUAUGUAACUCAACAUUGCCAUCCUCUGGCCAUCACUGUGCAAAGGACACACUUCAUGAGCCCUGCAAAGUAGAAAGCACAAAGCAGAUUAACCCUAGCAAAGCAUUCAAAUUCUACCAAGAUUCUCCACUCCCGUCCCAAAUCCCGUCCCAAACAGCUCCAAUCAACUCUUAAAUCUGCUUAUAUUAAAUUUUUCUGUAUACUGUAAUUCAGCUUUUAGCUGCAAAUGUGUACAAGCGUAAAUAAACCUUACUAUAAAUGUGUUAAUAACAUGGUAAUAGCAUUGUUACAAACCAUCUUUAUGGAAAAAUGAUUCAUUCUUUUAUCGGUAUUUGAUGUAUUUUUCUCUUUGCAUAGACAUGCGCACAGCGCCUUCACAAAGUAUUCACACCCCUUGACUUUUUUCAAAUGUUGUUGUGUUAGCCUGAAUUUAAAAUUGAUUACAUUUAGAUUUUGUGUCGCUGAUCCACACGCAAUACCACAUAAUGUCAAAGUGGAAUUUUGUUUUUAGAAUCUUUUACAAAUUAAUUAGUGAUCGUUAUGGCAAGCCUAAAUAAGUUCAGGAGUAAAAAUGUGCUUAACAAGUCACAUAAUAAGUUGCAUGGACUCACUCCGUGUGCAAUAAUAGUGUUUAACAUAAUUGAUGAAUGACUAUCCCAUCUCUGUAUCCCACACAUACAAUUGAUCUGUAAGGUCCCUCAGUCAAGUAGUGAAUUUCAAGCACAGAUUCAACCACAAAGACGAGGGAGGUUUUCCAAUGCCUCGCAAAAAAGGGCACCAAUUGGUAAAUGUAAAAAAAAAAAAAAGAAAAAAAAAAAACAGACACUGAAUAGCCCAGUGAGCAUGGUGAAGUUAUUAAUUACACUUCAGAUGGUGUAUCAAUACACCCAGCCGAUACUGGUGUCCUUCCUAACUCAGUUGCCGCUGUAAUCGUUGACAAAGGUGUUUCUAAAAUUGUAUUCACUCAGGGGGUUGAAUACUUAUCUAAUCAACAUAUAUUAGUGUUUUAUUUUUCAUAAUAUUUUACUACACUUUGACAUUACAGAGUAUUUUGUGAAGAUUUGGGGUAGAUUGUUUUGACAAAAAAGGACAAUUAAAUCCAUUUUAAUCCCACUUUGUAACACAACAAAAUGUGGAAGAAGUCAAGGGGUGUGAAUACUUUCUGAAAACUCUGUGUGUGUGUUUAUAUACAUCAAUGAGAUCAUCAAGACACGUCUUGACAGAAUGCGGUUGUAUAGCGGAACACAGGAUAUGUUAAAAACUACAAUCUAACAAUUUCGUCACAGAGAUGCAUAUUAUAAACCUUCCAUCUGUCUGUUAUUUAAACAGUGCGUCUGUAUGGUCCAUUCUUAUUUAAGAUGUGUAUUUUCUUCUCAAGACCAGUCUUUUAACACACACACACACAUUAGCUCUGAACAUGAAAACAUGACUUUUUGCGCCUUGCUAAUUCAGCCCAGCUGCAGUUAAGGCCACUGGCGGACUUACCAUUAGGCAGAAGAGGCAAUUGCCUCAGGACUCAUAUCACCAAGGGGCCUCAUGAGUUGGGCAUAAUAUACAGUACCAGUCAAAAGUUUGGACACACCUACUCAUUCAAGGGUUUUUCUUUAUUUGUACUAUUUUCUACAUUGUAGAAUAAAAGUGAGGACAUCAAAACGAUGAAAUAACACAUAUGGAAUCAUGUAGUAACCAAAAAAGUGUUAAACAAAUCAAAAUAUAUUUAUAUUUAUGUUUGAUAUUAUUCGAAGUAGCUACCGUUUACCUUGAUGACAGCUCUUGGCAUUCUCUCAACCAGCUUCAUGAGGUAGUCACCUGGAAUCAAUUUCAAUUAACAGGUGUGUCUUGUAAAAAGUUAAUUUGUGGAAAUUAUUUCCUUCUUAAUGUGUUUGAGCCAAUCAGUUGUGUUGUGACAAGGUAGGGGUGGUAUACAGAAGAUCGUUUUUGCGACUGCACUUAAAGAAACUUUAAAAGUUAUUGAAAUGUUCUGUAUGGACUGACCUUAAUUUCUUAAAGUAAUGAUGGACUGUCGUUUCUCUUUGCUUAUUUGAGCUGUUCUUGCCAUAAUAUGGACUUGGUCUUCAAGCGGACUUGGCUAUCAAGCGCUAUGAUGAACUGGCUCUCAUGAGGACCGCCACAGGAAAGGAAGACCCAGAGUUACCUCUGCUGCAGAGGAUGUUCAUUAGAGUUACCAGCCCCAGAUUGCAGUUCAAAUAAAUGCUUCACAGAGUUCAAGUAACAGACACAUCUCAACAUCAACUGUUCAGAGGAGACUGCGUGAAUCAGGCCUUCAUGGUCGAAUUGCUGCAAAGAAACCACUGCUAAAGGACAUCAAUAAAAAGAAGAGACAUGCUUGGACGCUUGAAACACGAGCAAUGGACAUUAGACUGGUGGAAAUCUGUCCUUUGGUCUGAUGAGUCCAAAUUUGAGAUUUUUGGUUCCAACCGCCGUGUCUUUGUGAGACGCAGAGUAGGUGAACGGAUGAUCUCUGCAUGUGUGGUUCCCACCGUGAAGCAUGGAGGAGGAGGUGUGAUGGUGUGGGGGUGCUUUGCUGGUGACACUGUCUGAGAUUUAUUUACAAUUCAAGGCACACUUAAACAGCAUGGCUACCACAGCAUUCUGCAGCGAUAUGCCAUCCCAUCUGGUUUGCGCUUAGUGGGACUAUCAUUUGUUUUUCAACAGGACAAUGACCCAAAACACACCUCCAGGCUGUGUAAGGGCUAUUUGACCAAGAAGGAGAGUGAUGAAGUGCUGCAUCAGAUGACCUGGCUUCCACAAUCCCCCAACCUUAACCCAAUUGAGAUGGUUUGGGAUGAGUUGGACGGCAGAGUGAAGGAAAAGCAGCCAACAAGUGCUCAGCAUAUGUGGGAACUCCUUCAAGACUUUUGGAAAAGCAUUCCAGGUGACUACCUCAUGAAGCUGGUUGAGAGAAUGCCAAGCGUGUGCAAAGCUGUCAUCAAAGCAAAGGGUGGCUAUUUGAAGAAUCUCAAAUUUAAAAUAUAUUUUGAUUUUGUUCAACACUUUUUUGGUUACUACAUGAUUCCAUAUGUGUUAUUUCAUAGUUUUGAUGUGUUCACUAUUAUUCUACAAUGUAGAAAAUAGUAAAAAUAAAGAAAAACCAAGGCAGCAGCUACUCUUCCUGGGGUCCAAACAUAUUAAAGCACUUACAUUACAUAUAAAACAAAAUAUAAAACAGUACAUCAUAUGACAUUAUUACACCACUACCUAUCUACAAUACAAAAUGUUUAAUACCACCAUACAACAAUAUCACAAUGUGUGCGUAUGCAUGUGUCUAUACCCUUGUGUGAGUCUCUUCACAGUCCCCGUUGUUCCAUAAGGUGUAUUUUUACCUGUUUUUUAAAUCUGAUUAUACUGCUUGCAUCAGUUACCUGAUGUGGAAUAGAGUUCCAUGUAGUCAUGGCUCUAUGUAGUACUGUGCGCCUCCCAUAGUCGGUUCUGGACUUGGGGACUGUGAAGAGACCUCUGGUGGCAUGUCUUGUGGGGUAUGCAUGGGUGCCCGAGCUGUGUGCCAGUAUUCCAAACAGACAGCCCGGUACAUUCAGCUUGUCAACACCUCUUACAAAAACAAGCAGUGAUGAAGUCAAUCUCUCUUCCACUCUGAGCCAGGAGAGACUGACAUGCAUGUUAUUAAUGUUAGCUCUCCGUGUACUUUUAAGGGCCAGCCGUGCUGCCCUGUUCUGAGCCAACUGCAAUUUUCCCAAGUCCCUCUUUGUGGCACCUGACCACACUAUUGAACAGUAGUCUAGGUGUGACAAAACUAGGGCCUGUAGGACCUGCCUUGUUGAUAGUGCUGUUAAGAAGGUAGAGCAGCGCUUAAUUAUGGACAUACUUCUCCCCAUCUUAGCUACUGUUGUAUCAAUAUGCUUUGACCAUGACAGUCUACAAUCCAGGGUUACUCCAAGCAGUUCAGUCACUUCAACUUGCUCAAUUUCCACAUUAUUCAUUACGAGAUGUAGUUGAGGUUUAGGGUUUAGUGAAUGAUUUGACCCAAAUACAAUGCUUUUAGUUUUGGAAAUAUUCAGGACUAACUUAUUCCUUGCCACCCAUUCUGAAACUAACCUCAACUCUUUGUUAAGUGUUGCAGUUAUUUCAGUUGCUGUAGUAGCUGACGUGUAUAGUGUUGAGUCAUCCACAUACAUAGACACACUGGCUUUACUCAAAGCCAGUGGCAUGUCGUUAGUAAAGAUUGGAAAAAGCAAGGGGCCUAGACAGCUGCCCUGGGGAAUUAUAUUUGAGAGGCUUCCAUUAAAGAACACCCUCUGUGUUCUGUUAGACAGGUAACUCUGUAUUCACAGUAUAGCAGGUGGUGUAAAGCCAUAACACAUACGUUUUUCCAGCAGCAGACUAUGAUCGAAAAUGUCAAAAGCCGCAUUGAAGUCUAACAAAACAGCCCCCACAAUCUUUUUAUCAUCAAUUUCUCUCAGCCAAUCAUCAGUCAUUUGUGUAAGUGCUGUGCUUGGUUAAGGAAAACUGUGAUAAAUAAAAAAGUGUAUCAGUUUCACUUAAGGACCAAAGGAUUGACAGCCGUCCCAUAUAGAUUGCAAAAUAGUUGGGAAGAGAUCUUUGACGUACCGAUCCCAUGGCAUAGUGUUUAUGAACUGACACGCAAAACGACACCGGAUUCAAAAAUUAGAAUCUUUCAAUUUAAAUUAUUAUAUAAAAUUCUUGCUACUAAUAGAAUGUUAUUUAUAUGGGGGAUACAAUCUUCCCAGCUCUGCAGAUUUUGCUGUGAAGAGAUAGAAUCAUUAGAUCAUUUGUUUUGGUUCUGUCCAUUUGUAGCUUGUUUUUGGACACAGGUCCAGGAAUGGCUAAAGGAUUGCAAUAUUUACCUGGAACUAACCUUGCAGAUAGCAUUACUGGGUGAUCUGAAAAGUCAUAGUCAAUCAAUCAAUAAUAUAAUAAUACUUUUAGCAAAAAUGUUUAUUUUUAAUUCACAAUCUGUAGAAGCAAUGAGAAUAGAAAGGUUCAGAACUUUUGUAAAACAUCACAGUACGGUUGAAAUAUAUACAGUGGGGAAAAAAAGUAUUUAGUCAGUCACCAAUUGUGCAAGUUCUCCCACUUAAAAAGAAGAGAGAGGCCUGUAAUUUUCAUCAUAGGUACACGCCAACUAUGACAGACAAAAUGAGGAAAAAAAAUCCAGAAAAUCACAUUGUAGGAUUUUUUAUGAAUUUAUUUGCAAAUUAUGGUGGAAAAUAAGUAUUUGGUCAAUAACAAAAGUUUCUCAAUACUUUGUUAUAUACCCUUUGUUGGCAAUGACACAGGUCAAACGUUUUCUGUAAGUCUUCACAAGGUUUUCACACACUGUUGCUGGUAUUUUGGCCCAUUCCUCCAUGCAGAUCUCCUCUAGAGCAGUGAUGUUUUGGGGCUGUCGCUGGGCAACACGGACUUUCAACUCCCUCCAAAGAUUUUCUAUGGGGUUGAGAUCUGGAGACUGGCUAGGCCACUCCAGGACCUUGAAAUGCUUAUUACGAAGCCACUCCUUCGUUGCCCGGGCGGUGAUUUGGGAUCAUUGUCAUGCUGAAAGACCCAGCCACGUUUCAUCUUCAAUGCCCUUGCUGAUGGAAGGAGGUUUUCACUCAAAAUCUCACGAUACAUGGCUCCAUUCAUUCUUUCCUUUACACGGAUCAGUCGUCCUGGUCCCUUUGCAGAAAAACAGCCCCAAAGCAUGAUGUUUCCACCCCCAUGCAUCACAGUAGGUAUGCUCUACAACAUUCGGAGAGUGCGACCCUGCCUUACACAGGAAGCGGCGCAGGUCCUGGUCCAGGCACUUGUCAUCUCCCGUCUGGACUACUGCAACUCGCUGUUGGCUGGCCUCCCUGCCUGUGCCAUUAAACCCCUACAACUCAUCCAGAAUGCCGCAGCCCGUCUGGUGUUCAACCUUCCCAAGUUCUCUCACGUCACCCCCCUCCUCCGCACACUCCACUGGCUUCCAGUUGAAGCUCGCAUCCGCUACAAGACCAUGGUGCUUGCCUAUGGAGCAGUGAGGGGAACGGCACCUCUGUACCUUCAGGCUCUGAUCAGUCCCUACACCCAAACGAGGGCAUUGCGUUCAUCCACCUCUGGCCUGCUGGCUCCCCUUCCUCUGCGGAAGCAUAGCUCCCGCUCAGCCCAGUCAAAACUGUUCGCUGCUCUGGCACCCCAAUGGUGGAACAAGCUCCCUCACGACGCCAGGACAGCGGAGUCACUCACCACCUUCCGGAGACAUUUGAAACCCCACCUCUUUAAGGAAUACCUGGGAUAGGAUAAAGUAUUCCUUCUAACCCCCCCCCCCCCCCCCAAAUUGUAAAGUGGUUAUCCCACUGGCUAUAGGGUGAACGCACCAAUUUGUGAGUCGCUCUGGCUAAGAGCGUCUGCUAAAUGACGUUAAUGUGCCCUUGAGCAAGGCACUUAACCCUAAUUGCUCCUGUAAGUCGCUCUGGAUAAGAGCGUCUGCUAAAUGACUAAAAUGUAAAUGUGUUCUUUGGAUGCAACUCAGCAUUCUUUGUCCUCCAAACACGACGAGUUGAGUUUUUACCAAAAAGUUAUAUUUUGGUUUCAUCUGACCAUAUGACAUUCUCCCAAUCCUCUUCUGGAUCAUCCAAAUGCACUCUAGCAAACUUCAGACGGGCCUGGACAUGUACUGGCUUAAGCAAGGGGACACGUCUGGCACUGCAGGAUUUGAGUCCCUGGCGGCGUAGUGUGUUACUGAUGGUAGGCUUUGUUACUUUGGUCCCAGCUCUCUGCAGGUCAUUCACUAGGUCCCCCCGUGUGGUUCUGGGAUUUUUGCUCACCGUUCUAGUGAUCAUUUUGACCCCAUGGGGUGAGAUCUUGCGUGGAGCCCCAGAUCUAGGGAGAUUAUCAGUGGUCUUGUAUGUCUUCCAUUUCCUAAUAAUUGCUCCCACAGUUGAUUUCUUCAAACCAAGCUGCUUACCUAUUGCAGAUUCAGUCUUCCCAGCCUGGUGCAGGUCUACAAUUUUGUUUCUGGUGUCCUUUGACAGCUCUUUGGUCUUGGCCAUAGUGGAGUUUGGAGUGUGACUGUUUGAGGUUGUGGACAGGUGUCAUUUAUACUGAUAACAAGUUCAAACAGGUGCCAUUAAUACAGGUAAUGAGUGGAGGACAGAGGAGCCUCUUAAAGAAGAAGUUACAGGUCUGUGAGAGCCAGAAAUCUUGCUUGUUUGUGGGUGACCAAAUACUUAUUUUCCACCAUAAUUUGCAAAUAAAUUCAUUAAAAAUCCUACAAUGUGAUUUUCUGGAUUUUCUUUUCUCAAUUUGUCUGUCAUAGUUGACAUGUACCUAUGAUGAAAAUUACAGGCCUCUCUCAUCUUUUUAAGUGGGAGAACUUGCACAAUUGGUGGCUGACUAAAUACUUUUUUCCCCCACUGUAUGGCAAAUAGAAAUCCUAUAUGGAUGGUGUUAAGAGAUAGAUGGGAGGUAUUGAAUAGAGUUGAAGGAUGGGACUAAUAACAAAUAACAACUAAUAAUAACAAAGAUAGCUAAUAAUGUAAGCAUACUGUGUCCAUAAUAAGUAUAUAGGUUGUAUGUUGGGAGCUUUUGGGAAAGAGCACAGUUAGAAAGAUAUGGCAUUUAGAAGCAAACCGGAUGGACAUCAUGAAAAUGAUUGGAGAGGUUGAGAGUAGAAGAAGUUCAGGAGCAAAAAAAUAAAUAAAUAUAUAUAUAUAUAUAUAUAUAUAUAUAUAUAAUUAUUGUAAAAUUAACUCUGUCCAUAAGGUGUAGAUAGUAAGUAUAGACCGGAAGUAGAGGCCUGGGCGUUGUUGUUCACUAAUUUACUCCAAGUAGGGAAAGGAUGGUGGGGUUGAAAAGUAAUAAAGGGGAAUAUAUAUAUACAUAAAAAAUAAAAAUAAACAUGGGGGAUUGGAAGUGAUGCAGACAAUUACAUUGAUAGAAGAUACAAUCUAUCUGCAAUAUUAAGCUGAUCCAUCCCCCCGAAUAAGAAGAAAAAAAAAAAAAAAAGGUGCUGUGCUUGUUGAAUGUCCUCCUCUAUAAGCAUGCUGAAAGUCUGUUGUCAAUUUGUUUAAGGUAAAAUAGCAUUGUAUCUGGUCAAACACAAUUCUUUCCAAUAUUUUACUAAGGGUUGGUUACAGGCUAAUUGGUCUGCUAUUUGAGCCAGUAAAGGGGGCUUUACUAUUCUUAGGUAGCAGAAUGACUUUUGCUUCCCUCCAAGCCUGGGGGCACACAUGUUCUAGUGGGCUUAAAUUGAAAAUAUGGUAAAUAGGAGUGGCAAUAUCGUCCGCUAUUAUCCUCAGCAAUUUUCCAUCCAAGAUGUCAGACCCCAGUAGCUUGUCAUUGUUAAUAGACAACAAUAAUUUUUUCACCUCUUCCAAUGCUUGUCUUUCAUAAUUUGGUCAGAUAUACUUGGAUGUGUAGUGUCAGCAAUUGUUGCUGGCAUAUCAUGCCUAAAUGUUCUAAUCUUGCCAAUGAAAAAAUUAUUAAAGUGGUUGGCAAUAUCAGUUGGUUUUGUGAUGAAUGAGCCAUCUGAUUCAAUGAAUGAUGGAGCUGAGUUUGACUUUUUUCCCAAGAUUUCAUUGAAGUUGCGCCAAAGCUUUUUACUAUCAUUCUUUAUGUAAUUUAUCCUUGUUUCAUAGUGUUGCUUCUUAUUCUUUUUAUUCAGUUUAGUCACGAUUUCUCAAUUUGCGGUACGUUUGCCAAUCGGUUGUGCAGCCAGACUUAUUUGCCAUUCCUUUUGCCUCAUCCCUCUCAACCAUACAAUUGUUCAAUUCCUCAUCAAUCCACGGGGAUUUAACAGUUGUUACAGUCAUUUUCUUAAUGGGUGCAUGCUUAUUAGUAACUGGAAUAAGCAAUUUCAUAAAUGUGUCAAGUGCAGUGUCUGUUUGCUCCUCAUUACACACCACGGACCAACAUAUAUUCUUUACAUCAACAACAUAGGAAUUACUGAUCCUGCUGCUGAUGCUGGGCCUCAAGUGUUUCCAGGUAUGAGGCCUCUGUUUCCAGGUAUGAGGCCUCGGUCUCGUGGUAUGAGGCCUCGGUCUCCAGGUAUGCCUCGGUCUCGUGGUAUGAGGCCUCGGUCUCCAGGUAUGCCUCUGUCUCCAGGUAUGAGGCCUCUGUCUCCAGGUAUGAGGCCUCGGUCUCCAGGUAUGAGGCCUCGGUCUCCAGGUAUGAGGCCUCGGUCUCCAGGUAUGAGGCCUCUGUCUCCAGGUAUGAGGCCUCUGUCUCCAGGUAUGAGGCCUCGGUCUCC